CUCUGGGAACCGGACGUGCUUUUCCGUAUCUGGCCGGAUGCGCGCCUGCGCGGUAAUUUCCGUUUGUGUGUGGCGCGCGAGUCACGUUGUCCGCGUACAGCUCCACAAGGGGCUGCGAAGAGGUGCCACUCAACUCCCGAGGGGCCUCUCCGAUUGGUUCGUCGCCGGGUAAAGAGGAGGAUAGCGUUCCUCUUCGCGUCCGGUCUGCGCAGUUGUCAUCGUUCUCCUCGCAUCGGGUGUAAAGAGCGGCCAUGUGUGUUGUCCGCAGAUGCCAAAAAGGAAAUGGAAAAAAAACACCGCGAGCGGUGACGUGGAAGCUUGCGUGUUUUGCUCACAUUUAAAACAGAACCACAUAACAUUUUCAAGUAAAAAAAGGAAAAUCUUCCAUUGAACACCUACACAACAUUGCAUUUACUCGCAUAAAAGCAUUACGCACCACUCCAUCAUAUUCUAUUCAUGAAAACGUCAUUGAAGCCUCAAUAUUACGCAGUAUUAGGCAAAUCUUCAACGUUCCGCCCUUAAGGGUGUUUCGGUGCUCUGUCCACUCUUAAAUGAACCAUUGCUUGCGUCUACGAACGGUCUGUCUCUUCAGCUGUUCUCGUUCUCCGACACAGUGCCCGGAAGAGCCGUGUAACUCGUACUUCUUCGACCGGUGCUCCAGCGGCCACGAGUGCGUCUUGGACGACCCUUCGACUCCUUUUGAGCAUGGUGGAACGGGACACUGCAAGCCUAGUAAUGCCACUGUCUCGCACAGAUCUUGAAGCGGGCGCAUUUAACAGAUUCAAGAUGAACAUAGCCCUGGUAACCCUCUUAUUCAUCGCAGUGGCCAUAACAAGCACUUCGGCAACAUCUACUCCGAACUGCGCGGCGACCGAGUGCGAUCCGGAUACUUGUCAAAAGUGGCAGUGCUCCUGUGGAAUCUACAAGGACCUGUGCGAUUGCUGUGACAUCUGCUACAAGUGUCCCGGCGAAGAGUGCAACGUGUGGAUCCUCAACCUUUGCACCAAGAACCACGAAUGUGUCCUGCAAGACCCUGCCAAGGGGUUCGAAAUCGGCGGAGUGGGACACUGCAAACCUACCAACGCCACUGAUGCCUCAGAAACUUCCUAAUGGUGUGAAUUUUGCCUUGAGAUAUUUCGUAAAUACAGAAAUAAAGAUAUUUUCAACAGGAA